UGAUAUGUCUCGAUGACUUUGUUUCAUUGACUUUUAAAUCACCCAUUUGGCCAUUUACUCUUCGAAUAAUUUUGGAAUUAAUAAAACAAAUCGGUGUAUCUUAACAUCAUCUUUAAUUUUCAUUGUUAAUUUUUUCGUUUUUGAAGAUGUCUCAUCAUCGAUCGGAUUGCUUAGUCUCCGUACCACUGUUACUGCUUAUCCUCAGCUUCCUACUGGCUUCCUUCUUCGACACGGCAGGUUCUGUUCUUUUUCUUAUCCUAUCGAUGAUAUCAUAUUAAAUAAUCUAUUUACACUUAGUUUUCAGAAUUUGAUUUAAUGUAAUCUUAUUUUUGAUGAUCUUAAUUUGGAAAUGAAUCUGGGCAAAUCGGAGUGUGCUACGGGAAAAUUGGAAACAACCUGCCACGUCCCGCAGAUGUGGUUGCGUUUUACGGGCAGCGUAACAUCCGACAGAUGCGGCUCUACGAUCCCGACCAAGAAGUUCUCACCGCUCUAAGAGGCUCCAACUUCGAGCUUCUACUCGAUGUUCCAAACUCGGAUCUCCAGCGUAUCGCAACCCACUACCUGGAAGCCGACACAUGGGUCCGCAACAACGUCCGCAAGUACACAAAGGGUGUCAGAUUCCGCUACCUAUUAUCGGUAGGGAACGAGGUGCAAGUAAUGCAAAACAUCGAGGGCGCUGUUUCAGACCUCGGGAUCAAGGUCUCCACAGCCAUAGACACGAGAAGCCAUAGGGGGGUUCCGCCCUCGAUCGGAUCGUUCACAGAAAAUUUUCAGAUCUUUAUUGCCCCGGUGAUAGAUUUCUUGGUAAGCAAGAAAUCUCCUCUGCUAGUGAAUAUCGACACUUACUUCAUCUACGCUAACAACAUGAGAGACGUCAGUUUCGAGUACGCUCUGUUAACUUCAUAUAAGAAUGUAGUCAAUGACGGGUCAAACAUAUAUCGAAACCUCUUCGUCGCACUCCUGGACACUAUCUACGCGGCAUUGGAGGAAUUAAGUGGCGGAGCAGUAAAUAUCGUGGUGUCUGAGAGCACUUGACCAACAUCGGAGGAACCGCUGCGAGUGUGGACAACGCAAGAGCUUAUGUGAACAGUUUAUUACAAAUUGUGAAGACGGGAUCUCCAAGGAGGCCAGAGAGAGCUAUCGAGACAUAUAUUGUUCGAUUUUGAUAUCAAAUUAGUGAAUAAUAUAUUGUUAAAUCUGAUUUGCUGUUAGUGUCACACAAAAGGCUCUUUUUGGCUUCGUUAUUUAUUU